UCUGAGAGACUGCUUCACAUUUUCUGCACUUGUUUGGUAAGUUGAAAGCCUUGCCACCAUGCAGAGGACCGUGCACGCGCCUCUGCAGUUUUAUGAGAAGUUGGCCAGAGUGAUGAACUCGGACCAGGAAAGGCCGUUCGUGUGCAACGCUCCUGGCUGUUCUCAGCGAUUCCCCACAGAGGACCAUCUAAUGAUACAUCGACACAAACAUGAGAUGACCCUUAAGUUCCCCUCCAUAAAGAACGACAACAUGUUAUCAGACCAGACACCCACGCCAACACGUUUUUUAAAGAACUGUGAGGAGGUGGGCUUGUUCAGUGACCUGGACUGCUCAAUUGAGCAGGAAUUUUGCAAAGCCCAGGAAGAAGAGGACAGUAAACAGAACAUUUCACUGCAUGGCCAAGCAGGCCAAGGCCAGCACCAGCAGUCCCACUCACGAAUGGGCAAUCAUGAUACCAGCAUAGUGAUCCAGCAGGCCCUGCCCUCUCCUCAGUCCAGCUCUGUCAUAACUCAGGCUCCAUCAACAAAUAGACAGAUAGGGCCCGUCCCCGGCUCGCUGUCCUCACUACUGCACCUACGAAACAGACAGAGGCAGCCUCUGCCAGCCUCCAUGCCUGGAACUCUGCCAGACCCGACCAUGCCCGGCUCCUCUGCCGUGUUGAUGCCUAUGGAGAGACAAAUGUCCAUGGGGUCCAAUAUGAUGGGCAUGCAAAACCCCGCCCACAGCAGCUCCUGCUCCUCCACUCACAUUCCCUCCAUGCACUCAGAGGCCAAACUGAGGCUAAAGGCUGCACUUUCACACCACCCCGGUGCCAUCGCAAACGGCAACAUGAACUCCAUGGGCCACAUGAUGGAGAUGAUGUCAUCACGGCAGGACCAAGGCGCUCACCAUCACAUGCACUCGCACCCGCACCAGCACCUGCAAGCCCCUCCGCACGCAUACCAGCACCACGGACACCACCACCACAACCAGGGCCACGCUCAGGGUGGACACCAUCACCCGCAGGGACACAAUCCCCAUCACAACUCCCACAACCCCCAUCUUCAUCCUGGGCACCCACAUCAGACAUCACCGCACCCUCCGAUGCACUCUGCUUCACAGAUGUCACCUGCAACCCAGCAGAUGCAGCCCACGCAGACGUUGCAGUCUCCGCCACCCAGUGGUGGACGGCGCAGACGAGUAGUGGACGAGGAUCCGGAUGAACGUCGGCGAAAGUUUCUGGAGCGAAACAGAGCGGCUGCAACAAGAUGCAGACAGAAGCGAAAAGUUUGGGUGAUGUCAUUAGAGAAGAAGGCAGAGGAGCUCACACAGACCAACAUGCAGCUUCAGAAUGAAGUCACAAUGCUAAAGAACGAGGUGACACAGCUCAAGCAGCUUCUCCUCACACACAAGGACUGUCCCAUCACCACUAUGCAGAAAGAGUCCCAAGGUUACCUCAGUCCAGAGAGCAGUCCUGCAGGCAGUCCAGCUCCAGUGUGCUCCCAGCAGCAGGUCAUCCAGCACAACACCAUCACCACCUCCACUACGACUGUAGGGGGCAGCAGUGUGCACGGGCAGACCAACCACUGCACAGACAUUAACCCCAUCCACUAGGGACAAAGGAGACCGUAACCUCGGCUGCAGCCACGAAUUCCCCCCUACCACCACCCAUGCUUUCUGAGGGUCGCCAGCUGCACGUGCUGCUCCUCAUUCUUCAUCAAGAAAAACCUCAAAGGCCUGUGAGGCUGUUCUUUAUACAGUAGCUACAGUAUCUAUUUUUAUAGACCAAUCCUAUUAACGCAUAAAAUUUUUAUGUUUUUUGGCGCGUUUUUUUAAUUCUGCUUUUUUUGUGCUUAGUGGAAAGACAUUUUUGUUAAUCUCAUGCACCAUUUCAGUGACUUUUCCUGUUUUGUAAUGGUACAAAAUUGAUCACGAUGCUCAUGAAACCAUAGGACAGAGACGUGUGCCUCAGACUGUCAUCUCUUAAAAAACAAAAAUACAGGUCUUACAUCUCUAUGUGCCCAGUGGACUGAAUAAAGAGUGACCGUAAGCUGCGUAAGCUUGCAGCAAUGUGGAAGACACUGAAAAAUCUGAAAAACUGAGGGGGACGUCGCUGCGUUUUAUUUGUUGUUUAAAGUCAGACUUUGAACACGGAUGUCUUGAAGACAGGAAUAUGCAAGCAGGUGUAAUGACCCUUUUUCUUUUUUCCAAGAAACAUAUAUGACUGUUAACAAUCUUCCCUGUCAGCAGUAUUCUUUAAAAACAAGCAAACAAACAAAAAAAGCUUUAUAAUAUACGGCGUGACAGUGAAAAUACCAUAUGCUCAGACGGAAGCAAUACAUCACAGUGUUGAUCAUCUUUUUUCUGCUGUACGCCCACAUUAAUGAUCAGAAUGGCCAAGGACAUUUGAUGCUGUUGCAGCGACAGAACUGUACACUGUGAUACCAGUGAGGCAGCUCAGCAGCGGAGACCAGCGUCCUCCGCUCUCCAGGACCAACUGAAGCUUUUUAAUCGUUGAGGCCUCUUGUUGUGUGUGUGUGUGUGUGUGUGUGUUGUGCAUUCAGACCAAAAUGAAAUAACAUUUGAUUGAGUGUGUGCACAGUCUGGCAUGUGAAUAUUGUUAUAUAUAUAUUUGUGUUUUGUCCCUCUUUCCUGCUGCAGAACAAAGUUCGACUUGUAUUAAGAAAGAAAAGUAUGUGAGAAAAUAUAUAUCUGUUUAUCUUUUUUUUUUUUUCUUUUCCACCACCAAAACUUGCAAUUCCUGAAGAAGAGCAGCUCGUGUUUGUGCUUUCCAAGAUAUCACAAUGUGCCUGAAUCUUCCUUAAAAAGCUUUGCUGGCUUAUUAUAUUUAAUAGCUUCGUUUUAAUCACCAUAAUUAUCUCUGCUUUUUCUUUUGUUUUUCUAUGAAUUUUUGUUAUGGGCUUUCUUACAGAUGUCUGUUACACCUAAGGCCAAAUCUCCUGAGUUUCUUACAGGCGACCUUUUCUACAUCCAUCUCCUUUAAACUGCAGCGCCUCUUUAUUUCCACUUCCGUAUGACCAGGAAUGUCAGUUCAUGAGCAUGAUGACCACAAUGCACUGUGUUUUUACAGUAGGAUGGAUGAAAUACUUUCCACGCACAGGUGGAGCGAUCGCAGAGCUGUCUAUGCACUUUGUCCUCUGUUAUGACGGAGGGUAGAAUAGCCAUAUUAAGGUCAGAGGUAAUUCUCAGUGAUUCCCCCCCCCCCCCCC